AUGAGCCGUAGCCGUUAUCUCAGCACUUCCAAGACUGAGUCCAUCAAUCAGUGGCUGAAAGGAGUCGAGAUUCCACAGUAUCCCUCAAAGCGCAAAUGUCAUUCACACUUAGAAGCAAAUGGCGCUAAGCGAGGGAAGACUACAAAGAAUCACACAGACUCCUCGCCUAGGGGGCAGCAGCUUUCAAAACCAACACGCCGGAAACAACAUUCACCACCACGGCCCGCGAACAAGAUGGAGUCCAACAAGAAGGCAAAGGCUAAGGCAUCUAGAGGACCUCCACCCAGAAUUAUGCCAUCUCGUAAAGUCAAGAGGGUAGCCAAACCUGCUAUACACCCUGAUGAGGCAAUUUCAUCCCAGGCCAGCUCAGGCAUAAAAGGCAAUCAUGGCGAUAGGAUAGCUGAUCUAGAGAACGAUGAUAUCUUCCGCUCUGGCCCAAGCGGAAGUAACAUACCGAUCUCUGGAGCUUCACGAAAAAGUACCCCUUCGCGAGUUCAGCUAGUGCGACUACAUUAUGCUAGGCCAUUCGUGAGAUUUCAGCCGUUUAGUACUGGUGAAACCCCAGUGGUUGUAAAGGAGCUCUUUGGGAACUUCGUCAGCAGCAAGAUGGCGCCCAUCCCUAGUUGGAUGGCGGCCCGGCUGAGGGCCCGAUACCCAAAUGAAGAUCUCUCCCUGAAGAUAAACAACGCCGACGAAGUGGCCUCAGCCCCGUCUCCUCAAGAUGAUGAACUCUUAAUCGCGUUAAUGGGGGCUUAUAAAAGAGCACAUAGAGCCUAUGCCCGCUUUGAGGACGAGGGCGGCUGGUCAGAAGCGAUUCAAAGCAUUCUACGAGCAGUUGUAGGCCAGGGGGAAGACAACAUCCUGGAAGUGUCCAAUGUCCAGUCGGUAUCCAUCGGACCAGCGUCAUUACUGCCAAGCAUCGACCAUCACAUCGCAUUCAAGAAAGUCGACUGGCUUAUCUCAUUCCAGAACCAACAUCAUGAAAUUGACGAGUUCAUUACAGCAAUUAUGAGAAUCCGACCAGACCUUCCUCUUUCUCAAACCGAGGAUGCUAUACAGGGAUACCAGUCCCAUUUUGUGGCAGUCGAAGCGAAGUCUCCAGACGGGAGUUUGUACUCUUCGAUGGUUCAGCUGGCAACCUGGAUGGCGGCCGGUCUUGAGAAGACCACACAGCUCCAACAACUCGCAGGAACGGCGUGCCAGCCAGCCUGGCAGAAGUGCGGCAUCCUCCCAAUCUUUGGAAUCAGCGUUGUGGGCCACACUUGGUAUCUUUUUGUGGCCACAAAAGUCGAAGAUGGCAACGUGACUCUUUACGGCCCAAUGGGUAUGGGGGACACACUGACCUCCAAGGGCGUCUUAGAGCUUUCAUCCGUGCUCCAAGAGAUGAAGGCCUGGGGCCUAAGUGUCUACUGGCCGUGGCUCCGUGACACCAUUCUGAAGCCGCUCGCUAAGCCCCCGACUGAAGAAGCCCCCUUGUAUUAG